AUGCCGAGGGGCUUCCUGGUGAAGCGAACUAAACGGACAGGCGGCGCGUACCGAGUGCGCCUAGCCCACCGGGUCUUCCCCCUACCGGAGCCCCAGGGGGCGCCGCCCUUCGCCAAGGAGGCUUCCCGGGCCCCCCGGCCGGAUGCGGAGCAGGCGGCACCCUCUAGCCAGGAGCCCGGAAGGGGGCUGGAGGAGACGGCGGCCCGGGAACUGUCGGGGUCGCCUUGUCGGGCAGCUGGGGUGAGCCCGGGGGCGGGUGGGCGGGAAGGUGCCGAGUGGAGGGCGGAUGGCAGGGAGAGUCCCAGGCCCAGCUCCAGCCCUGCAAAGCCGGUGGGCGUGGAGCUGCGCCGGGCGUUUCUGGAGCGCUGCCUCCGCUCGCCGGCCUCCGCCGAGUCCUUCCCCGGGGGCGCCGCUGCCGUGGCCGCUUUCUCCUGCUCACUGGCACCGGCAGCCGCACCGACCUCGGGGGAGCAGUUCCAGCUGCCGCUCCGGGCACCGUUCCCAGAGCCCGCGCUCCAUCCGGACCCCGCGCCGCUCUCGGCCACCCUGCACAGCCUGAAGCGUCCCGCCACCGGCGAACGCCGCGCCAAGGCGCCUCCGGGCUGCGUGUCUGGGCCUGCGGCCGCAGGAGUCAAGAAGCCAAAGGCCAUGAGGAAGUUGAGCUUCGCUGAUGAAGUGACCACAUCGCCGGUCCUAGGCCUGAAGAUCAAGGAGGAGGAGCCCGGAGCCCCGUCCCGGGGUCUGGGGGGCAGCCGCACGCCGCUGGGGGAGUUCAUCUGCCAGCUGUGCAAGGAACAGUACGCGGACCCCUUCGCGUUGGCGCAGCACCGCUGCUCCCGCAUCGUUCGCGUUGAGUACCGCUGCCCCGAGUGCGAUAAGGUCUUCAGCUGCCCGGCGAACCUCGCCUCCCAUCGCCGCUGGCACAAGCCGCGUCCCGCAGUGACAAACGCCGCCGCAGUCUCCUCGAUUGACGCGAAGCUUCCUCCUUCGACCUCCCCGGAUUCCGGGACUGUUGCUUCUUUUCUGGCGGAGGGGAAGGAGAACAGCCGGGCAGAGCAGACGGAAAAUCAGCACCUGCAGGCCAGGGACAGCUCCGGGGUGGAGCCGCGCCCAGAGGGCGCCCCAUCCCAGGGCCUCCAGGUGUUGUCCCACCUCGAGGCACCGCUGCCUCGGGUCCCCUACACGGAAGGGGUACUGGGGCGUCGACUGCCUGGGCCGGGCAGUGCCAGUGGUGCCGGGGGACCCGAGAUCUUCGUGUGCCCCUAUUGCCACAAAAAGUUCCGUCGCCAAGCCUAUCUGCGCAAGCAUCUGGGCACUCACGAGGCGGGUUCGGCCCGCGCGCUUGCCCCAGGCUUUGGCUCCGAACGCGGGGUCCCACUGGCCUUCAGUUGCCCACUGUGCGGGGCGCACUUCCCGUCCGCAGACAUCAGGGACAAGCACCGGCUGUGGCACGCUGUCCGGGAGGAGCUGCUCCUGCCAGCUUUGGCUGGGGCAGCCCCGGAAGCCCCGAGCCCAGGAGGGGCAUCCGACGGGAGUGCUCAGCAGAUUUUCUCGUGCAAGCACUGCCCGUCCACUUUCUUUAGCUCCCCGGGGCUGACUCGGCACAUCAAUAAGUGCCACCCCUCCGAGAGUCGGCAGGUGCUGCUGCUGCAGAUGCCAUUGCGGCCAGGCUGUUGAGGGCCCAGAGACCCCAGAGUUUGCGAGGUUGGCCCCUGAGGAAACAGAUCAUGGGAAUUUCUGUAGGGCUCUCUUCAACUUGCAAGUUUACCUCAUGUCCUUCCUGUAUGUUCUCUCCUAAGUCUCAGUAGUCGAUGUUCUGACAUAGGCGCGGACAGCAAAAUGUAAAAUCCCUUUCCAGAGCAGGUUAUGUAUAUGGAUGGUUAUAAACAUUCGAGGCCAAGGACUGCCAGCUUUAAAUCCUUCUCUUUCCCCAUGAAAAUAGGAUCCCCCUCGCCUCCCAAACUCUGAAGGUCCUAAUGAAUCCCAUAUGACUUGUAAUUCCUAUGGAAAGUCGCAGUGAAUGCGUGCAUGUCUCAAUGUCCACAGUCAUUUUUUUUUUCCUGUUGUCAUCGCAGGCACCUAUUUAGUUUCUGUUUCAAUAGGGUCAGAUAUCUUGCAUUGUAUA